CACCUCUCUGUGAAAUUAUCCACGACACCGCCCUCGACUGCCACGGAAUGUCUCUCUCGCUGUGACUGCAGCGACCCCGAAUGCAGGAGACGACAACGCCAGCGGCCGCCCCGAGAUAGCGAGCUGGAGCUGCACAUCCCGUGCCCAGUCAACACCGACAGGGCGCCGUGGACCCUGAUAUUGCGCUGCUGGAGACGCAGACGAGGGACACCGAGACGCGGCCACCAUGGCGCACAUCUACGACAUCGGCACGCGGGCAUGGCAGCCAGACACGACCGAGGGCUGGGUGGCCUCGGAGGUGGUCGACAAGCAGAUCGAGGGGGACAAGGUGACGAUGGUGUUCCGCCUCGAGAACGGCGAGACCAAGAAGGUCGAGACGACGAUUGUCGCCAUCCAGACGGGCAAAGACCCGAAUCUGCCCCCGCUGAUGAACCCGGCCAUGCUCGAGGCCAGCGACGACCUCACCAACCUGUCGCAUCUGAACGAGCCAGCUGUGCUCCAGGCCAUCAAGCUGCGCUACCUGCAGAAGGAGAUCUACACAUACUCGGGCAUCGUGCUCAUCGCCACAAAUCCCUUUGCGCGCGUCGACUCGCUGUAUGUGCCGGGCAUGGUGCAGGUCUAUGCCGGCAAGCAGAGAUCGUACGGCGCGCCGCAUCUGUUCGCCAUUGCUGAAGAAGCCUUUGCCGACAUGUUGCGAGACCAGAAGAACCAGACCAUUGUCGUCUCUGGAGAGUCUGGAGCUGGCAAGACGGUCAGCGCCAAAUACAUCAUGCGAUACUUUGCGACUCGCGAAUCCCCAGACAACCCCGGCAAGCGGAGAGGCAAGGCCGACGCCAUGAGCGAGACAGAAGAGCAGAUUCUCGCUACCAACCCCAUCAUGGAAGCCUUUGGUAACGCCAAAACCACACGUAACGACAACUCGUCUCGUUUCGGUAAAUACAUCGAGAUCAUGUUCAACAAGCAGACGGACAUCAUCGGCGCGAAGAUCAGGACAUACUUGCUCGAGCGGUCAAGACUGGUGUUUCAGCCGCUUAAGGAGCGGAAUUACCACGUCUUCUACCAGCUGGUCGCGGGUGCUACCGACGCGGAGCGCGAAGAGAUGUCACUGAAACCGGUCGAGGAGUUCAGCUACCUCAACCAGGGCAGCGCACCCAUUAUCGAUGGCAUGGAUGACAAGGCCGAGUUCAAUGCGACAAGAGUCUCAUUGACCAAGAUCGGUGUUCCAGCAGAGACGCAAUCUGGUAUUUGGCGUCUUCUCGCCGCGCUUUUGCACAUGGGAGACGUCAAGAUCAGUGCAACCCGUACAGACUCCAACCUAUCCCCAGACGAGCCAGCCUUGGUCAAGGCCUGUCGCCUCCUAGGGAUAGACGCCAACACCUUCGCCAAGUGGAUUGUCAAGAAGCAGCUCAUCACGCGAGGAGAGAAGAUCGUCUCCAACUUGACCCAACAACAGGCCAUCGUCGUGCGGGAUUCCGUUGCCAAGUUCAUCUACUCAAGUUUGUUCGACUGGUUGGUCGAGCGCACUAACGAGAGUUUGGCUACAGACGAGGUCAUCUCGCAAGCUCGCUCCUUCAUUGGUGUCCUCGAUAUCUACGGAUUCGAACAUUUUGCAAAGAACUCCUUCGAGCAGUUCUGUAUCAACUACGCCAACGAGAAGUUGCAACAAGAGUUCAAUGCACACGUCUUCAAGCUCGAACAAGAAGAGUACAUGCGAGAACAGAUCGACUGGACAUUCAUCGACUUCGCGGACAACCAACCGUGUAUCGACCUUAUCGAAGGCAAGCUCGGUAUCCUAUCUUUGCUUGAUGAAGAAUCGCGUCUCCCCAUGGGUUCUGAUGAGCAAUUUGUGACCAAGCUGCACCACAACUACUCUGGCGACAAACACAAGUUCUACAAGAAGCCUCGAUUUGGAAAAUCCGCCUUCACCGUCUGCCAUUACGCGAUAGACGUUACAUAUGAGUCUGAUGGCUUCAUCGAAAAGAACAGGGACACCGUCCCUGACGAGCAUAUGGAGGUGCUCAAAGCCUCGAGUAACAAGUUCUUGACCGAAGUUCUGGACGUCGCGGCGCAAAUUCGAGAGAAAGAGACCGCUAGCAACGCUACAUCGAAAGCUGGGGCUACCAUGUCUGCUGGUCGAAGGAUAGCAGUAAACCGGAAACCGACCCUUGGUGGCAUCUUCAAAUCGUCUCUCAUCGAGCUCAUGCAGACUAUCAACGGGACCGACGUUCACUACAUCCGUUGCAUCAAGCCGAACGAAGCUAAAGCGGCCUGGCAAUUCGACGGACCCAUGGUUCUGAGUCAACUGCGAGCCUGUGGUGUUCUUGAGACUGUCAGAAUCAGCUGUGCUGGAUACCCGACAAGAUGGACAUAUGAAGAAUUUGCUAUGCGCUACUACAUGUUGGUGCCGUCUUUGAACUGGACACCAGAGAUCCGGAACAUGGCGACUGCAAUUCUGAAAAUUGCAUUAGGUGACGGCAAGAACGACGGCACUGAUAAGUACCAGAUGGGUCUGACCAAGAUCUUCUUCCGUGCUGGUAUGCUGGCUUUCCUUGAGAACAAGCGAACGGCCAGACUUCACGACGCGGCUGUUAUGAUCCAGAAGAAUCUCCGAGCCAAGUACUAUCGCCGUGUCUACCUUGAGAUGCGUGAGGCCAUCAUCUCUGUCCAAGCUUUGGCAAGAGGUUACAUGACCAGGGAGCGUACUGAGGAGGCAAGACAAGUCAAGGCUGCGACGACCAUUCAACGAGUAUGGCGCGGUUCCAAGGAUAGGAAACAAUUUAUCGUGGUCAGGAACUCUGUCAUUCUAUUCCAGGCUGCCGCAAAGGGUUUCCUCUGCCGGAAGAACAUCUUGGACACCCGACUCGGAAAUGCUGCUCGCAUCAUUCAACGCACUUGGCGGUCACAAAGGUCACUCAAGGCUUGGAGACAAUACAGGAAGAAGAUUGUCAUCAUUCAGGCGCUUUGGAGAGGAAAGUUGGCCCGCCGUGAAUACAAGGGUCUGAAGGCCGAAGCCCGUGACCUCAAGAACAUUUCCUACAAGUUAGAGAACAAGGUUGUUGAGCUUACACAGACUCUUGGUUCAAUGAAAGAGCAGAACAAGACUCUCAAAUUCCAGGUCGAGAACUAUGAAGGUCAGAUCAAGUCCUACAAGGAAAGGAGCCGUGCUCUCGAGAACCGACAGAAGGAACUGCAGGUCGAGGCAAAUCAGGCUGGUAUCACUGCUGCCAAGUUGAGCCAAAUGGAGGACGAAUACAAGAAGCUGCAGGCAAACUACGACGAGAGCACCGCCAAGAUGCGACAUCUGCAGGAAGAGGAGAGGCAGCUACGCGCUUCGCUCCAGCAGACUUCCGACGAUCUCGAGUCUUCCAAGAGGAGGAGCAACGUCACCGAGACUGAGAAGAUGUCGCUCCGACAACAACUCACCGAUCUGCAGGAGCAGGUCGAACUCAUGAAGCGUUCUGGUCCAAUCACGGAGCUGUCAAAUGGGCAUGUGCCUAUCGCGGCCAGCAGUUUGAUCAAUCUUGUCGCAUCAAAGAAACCAAAAAGGCGAAGUGCUGGCCCAGACACUCGCGAUUUGGAUCGCUUCAGUAUGACCUACAGUCCACGACCUGUCUCAAUGGCCGUCGGUUCUACCGUCCACCGACAGAACUUGUCUGGCUCCACAUUCAACCAACUCGAUAACGUCGAGCAUGAGCUUGAGAAUAUCCUUGCUGAUGAGGAUAUGCUCAACGACGAGGUCACGCUGGGGCUCAUCAAGAAUCUCAAGAUCCCUGCACCUACUACUACACCUCCGCCCACCGACAAGGAGGUUCUCUUCCCCGCAUACCUCAUCAACCUCGUCACCUCCGAGAUGUGGAACAAUGGUUUCGUCAAGGAGUCUGAGCGUUUCCUUGCGAACGUCAUGCAGUCUAUCCAGCAAGAAGUCAUGCAGCACGACAGCGAUGAUGCAAUCAACCCAGGUGCUUUCUGGCUCUCGAACGUUCACGAGAUGUUGUCCUUUGUCUUCCUCGCCGAGGACUGGUAUGAGCAGCAAAAGACCGACAAUUACGAGUACGAUCGGUUGUUGGAGAUUGUCAAGCACGACUUGGAGAGUCUCGAGUUCAACAUCUACCACACCUGGAUGAAGGUGCUCAAGAAGAAGCUGCACAAGAUGAUCAUCCCCGCCAUCAUCGAAUCGCAGUCUCUGCCUGGUUUCGUCACCAACGAGAGCAACCGCUUCCUCGGCAAGUUGCUUCAGGGCAGCAACACCCCCGCUUACAGCAUGGACAACCUACUCAGCCUGCUCAACAGCGUAUACAAGGCCAUGAAGGCCUUCUAUCUUGAAGACACCAUUAUCAUGCAGUGUGUUACCGAGUUGCUGCGCCUAGUCGGCGUGACUGCCUUCAACGAUCUGCUCAUGCGCCGCAACUUCCUCUCUUGGAAGCGUGGUCUCCAGAUCAACUACAACAUCACUCGUAUUGAAGAAUGGUGCAAGUCGCACGACAUGCCCGAAGGCACGCUGCAGCUCGAACACCUUAUGCAGGCGACCAAGCUCCUCCAGCUAAAGAAGGCUACCCUCAACGACAUUGAAAUCAUCCAGGACAUUUGCUGGAUGUUGUCACCCAACCAGAUCCAGAAGCUACUCAACCAGUACCUGGUCGCCGACUACGAGCAGCCUAUCAACGGCGAGAUCAUGAAGGCGGUUGCAAGCAGGGUCACAGAGAAGAGCGAUCUCUUGCUCCUUGCGGCCGUGGACAUGGAGGACUCUGGUCCGUACGAGAUUGCGGAGCCCAGAGUGAUUACCGCAUUAGAAACGUACACGCCUUCUUGGCUACAAACUCCCCGCCUCAAGCGCCUUGCGGAAAUUGUCUCGCAACAGGCAAUCGCGCAGCAGGAGAAGAUGGAAUACGAGCACACGAACGGCGACGGCAUGAACGGCACCGAGCCUAUCAUGGAGGAGGCUUAGAUGAUAAUGACUUUGCAUGAUGAUUGGCGGGGGAGGGACAAACCCCCCCUUGUUUUUUAGACAUAUACAUUGGGAGACGAAGUGAGUGAGUAGGUGGGUGGAUGGGUGCCGUUCGCAUUGUAGUUGUAGGCGCUGUCUUUCCCGCUGGACUCUGUUCUUCUUGAGGCGAGG